AUGGGCUGUGCAUAUUCAGGACAUAGAAGAAGAAACAGUGGGGGUGUUCGCUCAUUUCGAGUGCACAAUGUGGAUGACCAGGGAAUGGAGCUUAACCGGGGCAACAUAGAAAUAAGAGAGAAUGAUCUGGUCCUGUUUCAAAAGGGAAAGGAACCAAUAAG